AUGGCUAUCCUAAACAGUAUCGUGGAUGCAGGGUCCCCCGUCGGUGCAGGGACAGUUGUCGUUGUGAUCCUUGGCGCGAUCCUGACCCAUCAACUGGGCCUCAUCAUCUACAACCUCUUCUUCCACCCGCUGCGCGCCAUCCCGGGGCCUCUGCUGUCCCGAGCAACGCCAUGGCCGUGGGCUCUCCGCCAGUCCGUCGGGGUGCAGGCGUUCUACACGCAUCGGCAGCACGAGAAGUAUGGGCCCGUGGUGCGCAUCGGGCCGAACCACCUCUCCUUCACCGACCCUAGGGCGUGGAAGGACAUCUAUGGCCACCGCACCGGGGGCGAGAAAGAUGGCAACCACCGGCUGGAGAUGUCCAAGUCGCGCGUCACCUCGUCCCCGAUUGAUGCCCUCCCCUCCACGAUCGUCAACUCGGACAAGGAGGAGCACCAGCGCCUGAGAAGGGCGCUGAGCCACGGCUUCAGCGACGCCUCCAUCCGGUCGCAGGAGCCGCUGAUCAUGGAGUACGUCGACAAGUUGAUGAUUGGGCUGAAGGACCGCUGCAAAGAGGGGAAGCCGCUAAACAUUGAGGCUUGGUACAACUGGACGACCUUUGACGUCGUCGGCGAUCUGGUCUUUGGUCUCUCGUUCGGCUGCCUCGACCAGUUCCGGUACAACCCCUGGGUCCACUCCAUGCUGGCGAGCAUCAAGUACGGCGCCACCAUGUCGGGCAUGAUAUACGUGGGGUUGAAUGCUUUUGUCCAGCUGUUCUUCCGCUUUGUUGGGAGCAAGAGCAUAAAACAGCUACACAAGUACACGCACGCAAUGGUUGUCUCGAGGCUUAAUUUGACCCAGGAGAGGAAUGAUCUGUUUGAGGGGAUUGUUAAGAAACAAGCUGAAUGGAAAAUGUCUUUUGAGCAGCUCUCGGCCAACGCUGAGAUCCUCGUGCUUGCUGGUAGCGAGACCACAGCGACGCUGCUCUCGGGCUGCACCUACCUGUUGCUUACAAACCCGGACAAGAUGGAGAAGCUGAAGCAUGAGGUCCGGUCGGCAUUUGCGAGCGAGAGCGAGAUCACGGCAAGCUCCGUCAACAAGCUGUCGUAUAUGCUCGGAGUCCUCAACGAGGCACUCAGGCUGUAUCCGCCGGUGACAUCUAGUCUGGUGCGGGUCGUGCCCCCUGGUGGUGAUAUGAUCACAGAUCAUUGGGUCCCCGAGGGUACAAUGGUCGAGUGCCAACACUGGUCAAUGAACCACAGCGCGGAGAACUGGGACGAUCCGUGGGCAUUCAAGCCAGAGAGGUUCCUGGAGGAAAUACCAGGGAAUAAGCUGGAAGCCCUGCAAGCCUUUAGUGUUGGCCCAAGAAAUUGCAUCGGACGCAACUUGGCCUAUGUCGAGAUGAGAAUAAUUCUAGCACGCCUCAUCUACAACUUCGACCUGCGACUUGCCGAAGACAGCCAUAGAUGGAUCGAAAGGCAAAGGAGCUACGCGCUGUGGGCGAGGAUACCUUUGAACUGCUACCUCACGCGUGUUAGUCCGAGCCCUCGGGAACAGCCCCUUGCGACGGUCAGCGAGUGA